ACCUUCGAACCAGUACGGCAGUGUCGACGAGUAUGUCGCUUCAAAAAAUGAGACAGGAACUAAUAUCGUAUAAAACCGGUAGUUUUCUAAAAGCUGAAUUUGGUGAAAAUGCAUUUGACGCAGCAGAACAAGGGGAGAUGGAGAAAAUGAAAAUUCGGAUUGGUCUGUUUGGAUUCACUGGUUCUGGGAAGAGUAGUUUCGUGAAUUCUGUUUCCAAAAGUCUAUUAGAUGACAAUCAUGGACGGGCUGUGGUACAGUCGACAGGGGCGGAAGGUACAAUUAUAUUGGAGGAAUUUUUUUAUGAAUACAAGUUCAGAAUGAUAGAUACGCGUGGUUUUAUGGAUUUGGAAAGAUGUGAGGAAUCCGAAUUAUUCAGAAUACUGUAUGGACAAUUAGAAGAUGGAGAAAACAUUGUGCGGGAAGGAGAGGUUAUCAGCACUAAUAAAAUGAAGAAAACCCCCUUAUGCAGUCAACUCCAUGUUGUAAUGUGGUUUGUUAAAUCAACUGACCCACGACUGACUCAACAGAUAUAUAAUGCAAAGAAUGCAUUUGUUCGUAGUCAUCUUUUUGAUCUGGGGGUGACGAUUAUACCAGUUGUCACUUUUGCUGACUGUAUAACCAAGUCAAGGGACCUUGUAAAAACACACGCAAUGAACACAGGCGACGGCAGACAGCAACCGCAUUUUAUUACCAAUUUUCUGCCAGAACUGUCUACCGACUACGACGAAUCAAACCAGAGAGCUGUACUUCAAUUGGUAAAAAAAGCAAUACAGCUCGGAGAAGAGUCGCUGAGGGCUCGGCAGAUGAAACGAUUUGUUUUUUAAACAAUCGCCAUAAUGAUAUCUUAAGAGCAAGCUCUACUUUGAUAUACUGAACGUAACAAUUCAACUAGUACAAAUUAUGUUACCAAAAAUUGAAAUUUCAAUAUACGCUGGUUUCACCGUGUUUGAAUGGAUUGUGGAAUUUGUAAAGUUCCCAUUUAUUAUAUACUCUUUAUACCGAAUAUAAAAAUCUUAUUCUCUGUUCUGAAUGUUUCGUUUCCAAAAAACAUGGCAUGUUCGAAUGAGCAUCACAGUUACAUAUUUACUUUAAUAUAAGGCUUCGCUGUGUGUACUAUCAUCUAGAAUAGCAGGGUAAUUAUUCAUUCAUUAUUCAUUUCAUUAAAA